AACUUUGACACUUCCUCAAUAAAAUUUACUGCUCAACGUUUUCUUUUCUUUUUUUAGGACUGCUACAUUUUCCGUGCAUCUAAAUCGCAAUGCCUGUUUUAUGUGUCCGCAAUUGAAACAAGAGACGAGGCAAAUUUAUUUCUGAGUAAAUCGUUUAAAUUUUAUAGAAAUUUGUAAGUUUUUUUCUUUGUGGAUUCGUUAAACGAUGAAACGCCAAAACGGUAUGGAAAGAUUGCCAUCAGCCAUAGGAUCGACAGCGACUCCAUUGCCAUUGCAAGCAGCCGAUGAAUCAGGAUUCGGAAAAAUGGUAGGACCAGUUGGAGCAAUUGGUGGCCCUGUUGGCGGAGUGGCAUCGACCGUUUUAUAUGUAGAUGUUGUGAAGAAUAUGCCCAAACCGGAGGCAGUGGUUCCAGCACGUCCGACUGCACAGUCGUCUCCAGAGUUUAGCAUAUUCCAAGAGGAUUUCCCAGCCUUGCCAGGCACUGCCACUGUUGGCAACAGCGCAAGGAUUACGACGAACUCAUCGCAAGAGUCCAGUAUCGUUCCAGACAAUUGGACGGAUAUAAUUAGCAGCGAUGAUGAAGAUGCCAAUAAUCAUAUUGCGGCUAUUGACAAUAAUGACGAAACUGGCGACACUGAGAAUCAUGAUACUGACGAUAAUGAUAAUGACAAUGACGACGAAACCGACGACGAUGAAGACGACGACGACGAUGAUGAUGACGACGACGAUGAUGAUGAUGACGAUGAUGUGGAAGAUAUGGCUAGUGAUACGCCAGCUAGUGCAUCCACUGCAUCGCCUUUAUCAUCGGAAGAUAAUAAAUCGGUGACUAGUCUUGAAUCCAGUUCCGGUUCGAAUAUGAGUCUCAAACAAGUCACCUCGAACCCAAACACCAAUAUGGUAGUCAAUGAAGACCAGGAAAAGGAAAUAGCCGUGUCCGUAAUAACCAAUCAGAGCAACAAAAAUUCACCAGAAUCCACCCCACCGCCACCGCCUUCAUCACCGGCGAGCGCAAGUGAAGCCCUGCCCCAGUUGUAUGAUAUUUCGCCUCAUGUUGGACGACGUUAUGCCGUUAGUCAAAUCUUUGACAAGCAAUUCAUCAAUGUGGGCGUACGACAAAGAGCCCUCAAUGGCAUGGCUAAACGACCUUCGAUCGGAUCAUUUGCCACUUGUCCUGCCCCACCGGGAUUCGAAUCGGCAAAAAUGUAUGCACGUCUGCGUACCAAUGAUGAAGGUAUGCCUUUGGGCGGUGUUAAGCUGGAUAAGAUGCCGCCGCCACCACCACCUGACAGCGCAUCCUCAUCAUCAACCGACGCCUCCUCCUCGUCGGCAUCGUCUUCGGCCUUCUCCUCAUCGAUGUUGGAUAGUUUUGGCCUCUUGGGUCUGGCAACAACCCUGGGCUAUGCCAGUCAAAAUCCAAACAUGUUUGGGGAUGAUGCCUAUCGUCUGAAUAUCGAUAAGCAUUGCUGUGCCAGCUCAGCAUCAUCCUUUAACUUGCAUUCGGCUUUUGCUGGACCAUUGCUAGGUGGACGUUGUCCACCGCACGAAACAACAAACGAUGUGCCUAAUAAUUAUCGUUUUACCGAUCGCUUGACUCUGCAGCAGCCAAAAAUCCAUCAGAUGCAGGUUGAACUUCUAUUCUUCUUCUUCUAUACCUAUCCAGGCGAUAUGAUGCAAAUGUUGGCUGCCGCCGAAUUGGCGGAACGUAAUUGGCGUUAUCAUAAAUACGAAAGACUUUGGCUAAAACGUCAGCCGGAUAAUCCAAAUUAUAUAUAUCGUGGACAACAAGAAGCUGGCGAAUAUAACUAUUUCAAUAUGGUCCAAUGGAAGGUAUUGCCACGUCAUUUCAAUUUGGAUCCCGAACAUAUAGAACGUACCAUCACCAAGACAGAAUUAUUGGAACAAUAUGGCUAUCAUCCGCAAAUGAGUUUUUACUAAUUUGCCAUUCCACUAUGCCAAUCUUGAAUACCAGAUCGAUUGAAAACCAGACCAAAAAAAACAUUUCGUAUUGUAUACGAUAUAUUUUUUAUUGGUUUUUAGAAUGGCCAACCCAAAAAUAAUGCAAUGAACCAUCUCAAUAUUAUUUUUGGUUGCCAUCAAAUCGGUAGAAAGAUUGUUGCCAAAUUUCUUAUACAAGGGUUGGUCUCUCUUAUCUGUAAUUUUUAAAUAACAAAAAAAUUUAUAUAAAUUUGUUAUCUGGUAGGAGAAAUUAGCAUUUGCAAAAAUCAUAUGUUCUAUACAAUAUUUAAUAGGUGUAUAAUCAGAAAAAUAAUGUAUAACGAAAAACUAUGUACAAUGUAUAUGUAAUAUAUAUAAUAUGUACCUUCAAAAAUUCCAUUAAAAACAUGUACUUCAAUUGAAAAUCUCGAAAAA